GCACGCGCACUGGCCUCACAACCUCAGGGCGGCACGCGGGUAGGUAGACUAGAACUCAGAGAAGGGGGAGCAGAGCGUGCAGGUGUCUUUUUUUUUUUUUUCUUUCCUCGCGCAGUGCGUGAAUCUGAGGGUCGCCGGAGGUGCGGAGUGCUGGGCCUGGCUCAAUCUCCCCGGCGCGCGUGUGACUGUGCCGGGUGCUCUCGUGCUCCUCCACGAGUUGCAGGAGUACAGCGGGCGUGUACCCGGGUUGCCGGGACGGGAGCUUGUGGUCGCUUUCCCUUUUUAACGGUCGCCCCCCACGUACACACUCCAGUCCCCCGAGAGUUGGUCUUCGCGCCCCCGGCGCGCCCCUCCUCACCCGGUCCCUCCCACCAACCCCCCGUUCCCGCUUGCUCCUGAUCGGGAGUCGGCUUCAUCCCUGGGGUCCCUGCUUGGGGGCGGAGAAGAUGGCUGGCGGACGUCUGCUGUUGGGGGGCGACUUCCUGUCGCCGCCGCCGCUACCGCCCCUCCCGCCGCCGCCGCCGCCGCCCCUCCCGCCGCCCCCGCCAGAGCCAGUGCUGGAGCAGUGGCGCUAUAGCCACGAAAGUGACUGGCAGUGGGCUCUGCGGCGCAGCUUCAUCUGUCGGCACCUGCACAGUUAUCCCGGGGCUGCCCUAGACCAGCUCCUCGCGCUCUCCGCUGCCUGGACCAACCACGUUUUCUUGGGCUGCAGGUACAGCCCACGCUUGAUGGAAAAAAUUCUCCAAAUGGCUGAAGGUAUUGAUAUUGGGGAGAUGCCUUCAUAUGAUCUGAUGCUGUCCAAGCCCUCCAAAGGUCAAAAACGUCACCUCUCAACUUGUGAUGGUCAAAAUCCUCCUAAAAAGCAAGCCGGUUCCAAACUCCAUGUGAGACCUCGUUUUGAGCCUGUACAUUUUGUAGCUAGUAGUUCAAAAGAUGAAAGACAGGAAGAUCCUUAUGGCCCUCAAGCAAAAGAGAGAAAUGAACAAACACAUUUUGCCAACAUGCCAAGAGACAUCUACCAAGAUUAUACUCAAGACUCUUUCAGUAUACAAGAUGGGAAUUCUCAGUAUUGUGAUUCAUCAGGAUUUAUUUUCACAAAAGACAAGCCUGUCACAGCCAACAUGUAUUUUGACAGUGGGAACCCUGCCCCCAGCAGCACAUCACAGCAGGUAGACUCUCAGUCACCUCCUGAGCCUUCACCAUCACAGACAUUUCCUGAGUCAGUGGUAGCUGAGAAGCAGUAUUUUAUUGAAAAAUUAACAGCAACUAUCUGGAAGAACCUUUCUAAUCCAGAGAUGACUUCUGGAUCUGAUAAAAUUAAUUACACCUAUAUGUUAACUCGUUGUAUUCAGGCAUGUAAGACAAAUCCUGAAUAUAUAUACGCUCCUUUAAAAGAAAUCCCUCCUGCUGACAUCCCCAAAAAUAAAAAACUUCUAACAGAUGGUUAUGCCUGUGAAGUUAGAUGCCAGAACAUCUACUUAACUACAGGCUAUGCUGGCAGCAAGAAUGGGUCCAGGGAUCGAGCUACUGAGCUAGCUGUAAAACUCUUGCAGAAACGUAUUGAAGUUAGGGUUAUCCGACGGAAAUUCAAGCACACAAUUGGAGAGGACCUUGUGGUGUGUCAGAUUGGCAUGCCUUCAUACGACUUUCCUCCAGCUCUGAAACCACCAGAAGAGCUAGUGGUGCUGGCUAAAGAUGCUUCUGGGCAGCCGAUUUUUAAUGCUUCCGCCAAACACUGGACCAAUUUUAUCCUUACAGAAAAUGCAAACGAUGCAAUUGGUAUCCUUAACAAUUCUGCCUCAUACAACAAAAUGUCUGUAGAAUACAAAUAUGAGAUGAUGCCAAAUCGUACAUGGCGUUGUCGAGUGUUUUUGCAAGAUCACUGCUUAGCUGAAGGUUAUGGAACCAAAAAAACAAGUAAACAUGCAGCUGCUGAUGAGGCUUUGAAAAUCCUUCAAAAAACACAGCCUACAUAUCCAUCUGUCAAAAGUUCACAAUGCCAAACAGGCUCUUCACCCAGGGGAUCUGGAAAGAAGAAAGACAUAAAGGAUCUUGUAGUUUAUGAGAAUUCUUCCAAUCCUGUGUGCACGCUGAAUGACACAGCUCAGUUUAACCGAAUGACAGUUGAAUACGUCUAUGAAAGAAUGACAGGCCUCCGAUGGAAAUGCAAGGUGAUUCUCGAGAGUGAAGUAAUUGCAGAAGCAGUUGGAGUGAAGAAAACUGUCAAAUAUGAAGCUGCGGGGGAAGCUGUGAAAACCCUCAAAAAGACCCAACCGACUGUCAUUAACAACUUGAAGAAAGGAGCUAUUGAAGAUGUAAUUUCCAGAAAUGAAAUUCAGGGCCGCUCAGCAGAGGAGGCUUAUAAACAACAAAUCAAAGAAGAUAACAUUGGAAAUCAGCUCCUGAGAAAGAUGGGUUGGACGGGUGGUGGUUUAGGUAAAUCUGGUGAGGGCAUUCGGGAGCCAAUCUCUGUCAAAGAGCAGCAUAAGCGGGAAGGGCUUGGUCUUGAUGUAGAAAGGGUAAAUAAAAUUGCCAAGAGAGAUAUUGAACAGAUCAUCAGAAACUAUGCCCGCUCUGAGAGCCACACGGAUUUAACUUUCUCUACAGAGCUGACUAAUGAUGAGCGGAAGCAAAUACAUCAGAUCGCCCAGAAGUAUGGUCUUAAGAGUAAGUCUCAUGGGGUGGGCCAUGACAGGUAUCUGGUGGUAGGAAGAAAAAGACGGAAGGAGGACUUACUCGACCAGCUCAAACAGGAGGGCCAAGUGGGGCAUUACGAGCUGGUGAUGCCUCAAGCAAAUUGAGAUCUUGAUAAUUUAUUGUGCAGAUGCCUGAGGCAGAUUUGUGAAUUAAAGAAGUGAUGCUACAUGUACUGGUUGCAGAGUAUAUUCAUUCUUAAGAUGUUUCACCUUGUUCAUUUCAUAUAGUGCUUUAUUAGAUAUUGCAACUUGAAGAAUACUGUCCACUUGUAUUAGCUUAAUCCAGGAGAUAAUAUUGUGCAGUUACUGUUUGUGUCUUUGAUAUUGCUGUGUCCCUCAGAUUUUAGUGGUUUGUACAAAGCAAGAACACAUAUCCAAAUGGAAUUUCACCCCAAGAAAGAAAUUCCCAUUUUAAAGGGCAUAGCACAGCAAUCUGCAACAAUAUGUAAAAUUGAUGUUGACUACAAUAAAACUAGAGUCUUAAUUCCAAACUUAACUGAAAAUGUCAGAUCAUUUUGUAUUAUCUAUUUUCAUCUUUAUGUGAAGCCAGUUAUAGAAUGUUUAACAGUAAAUUGUGCUGUAUGUGUAAAUGUCCUUACCAACUAAAUGAUGUAAAAUUUUCUUAAAGUAAUUUUGGUGUUCAUUUAUUUAUAACUCUUCCAUGUGGUUUCCAGAAUAUUGGAAGUGAUUUACUGUAUCUUGUGAUAGGAGUUUUAACAAAUUCUAGUCUUCACGCUGUGGAGAAGGCAAUGGCACCCCACUCCAGUACUCUUGCCUGGAAAAUCCCAUGGACAGAGGAGCCUGGUGGGCUGCAGUCCAUGGGGUCGCGAAGAGUCGGACACGACUGAGCGACUUCACUUUCACUUUUCACUUUCAUGCAUUGGAGAAGGCAGUGGCAACCCACUCCAGUGUUCUUGCCUGGAGAAUCCCAGGGAUGGCGGAGCCUGGUGGUCUGCCUUCUAAGGGGUCGCACAGAGUCGGACACGACUGAAGCGACUUAGCAGCAGCAGCGGUCUUCACACUGAGAGAGCACUACUUGAGAGAGCAAUUGAAAAGUUUCUAAAAUUUUGAUUCAGUCUGAAGAAAGGAAGCUGGAACUGUCUGUUCUUGGUGCCUUGCAGAGAGACUCGCAGCAACUCUCCGUUAACAGCUUUCACGUGGCUUGGAUGUACAACACAUCCAAGGUGGCCACACCUGUGGUAGAGCUUGGUAAAAGACUGAAGAUACAUUGGUGCUUUGAUGAAAAGGUCAGUUGGCUGGUCCUCUCUCGAAAAGCUUAUUUAGCCCCCAAAGCCAACUUUGUAACAUAUUUAAAACUGCUAUUUUCGCUUAUUUCUGGAAUGUAAAAAAAAAAAUGUAUAAAAUGAAUUAGCGUAUGCUUCCUGAAUAAAAAGGAGCCAAAGUUGAUCAACAUGGUGGUGUGCUCAUUUCUGGGAAGCAGCCUGGUAGCAACACUUUGAGUCUUUGGAGAAGACUCACAAAACAUUUUGACACUAGAACGCAUGUGGAUGAACAUGAUGACUUAGCAGAUAGGAACAGCCAGUCAACCACCCAUCAUGUUUUCCCUGGGGACCAACAUCCUAGCUGCAGCCAAAUCUUAGGCUGUUCCCUUUUACACGAUUUUGUUUUUGUAUCUCAGGUAAAUCAAGUGUUGAUAUUCAGAGGUGAAUAUUGAUAAACACCUCCAGUGACUUCAUAUUUAGAACAGUUAGGUUGCUUACAGUGUCUUAAAACAUUUAGCACCAAACUUGACAUGUAAUUGGCCCACAAUGAACAACUUCCUUUCCCUUCUUACGUAUAUUUUGCAUUAAGAAGCUGUCCAUUGUACUUAAAUCAAUAUGUAAAAAAUAGAAGGGGAUUUUCUUUUAUGCCUGGAUCUCUAUGGCUUUCAGUCACCCACAAUGAUUAACACAGUAUAUGAUGUUUGCUUCCCACUAACUUUUGUCCUACAGUGUCUGGCCUUUCAUAAUGUUGGUAGGAUGAGAAAUGAGGUGUGCAUUUUAUUUUGGCCCUUAAUCUUUUAACAGUGGCAAAGGGAACUAACCUAAAAUGUUUAUAGAUUUUUUAGGAUUAUUUUUUUACCUACUAGUCUCAUGCCAACUUUGAGAAGCUAUGGUUCAAUUAGUGCGUUAGAAAAGCCCGCCUUCACCUUUCUUGGGUAAGGGUGGCUUUGGAGAUUGAGUGUAAAAACUCCUUUCUCUCUUUAUAUUUCUUUCCUCUUCCCAAAAAUGAUUCGGGGCCCACAGGAGUUAGGGUAAUGUUAUAUAAAUCUGGUUUAUUUGUAUAAGUUAAAACUAAUAGAAUAUUAAUGUAGUUAGUUAAGCUCUGAAACAGUGGGGCCAAGUAUAUAUUUGGUUCUCAGUUUGAGGGUCCAGAUUUCCUAACUUCUUAGGAUCAGCCUUGGUAUUGAUGUGGAACUAGGGUGAAGUCAUCUAACUCCGCUUGAGAAUAUGUUGAGAAAUGAGGUUGGCAAGAAUGAGCUGCUAACAACCUUGCUGUUCUAUUUGUCCCUUUUUUGUUGGUUCUUAAAGUUUCCCUUUCUUUGAGACAUGAGACAGCAGUCAUUUUAACCCAGUACUGUAACCUUGCUAUAAAACCUGCACAGGUACAUGAGCAGCUUUAAGUUUUGUUUGAAUAAAUUAUACUGAGGAACUAACUCUGCUUUCAGUUACAUAUAUAUUUAUAGCAUUAAGGCUCACAGAUCUACUUUUUAGAUUUUUUUCCCUCCCCUUUGAUUACAAAAUGAAUGGAAAUUUCAUGCAUUCUGUUGGGAUUCUUUUAAAAAUAGUAUACAGUACAUUAUUCACUGUGCUAUGAGUAACUGUUGAAGCUGGAGAUGGGUCCUAAAUAAAGGACUCUUAAUUACAACUCUAGCUCUUCAUCAUACUCCCUUUGCCAUACCAGCAGGUGCAGAAUUGAAGAUUCAAGUUCAAUCUGCCAUUUGAAAGGGGCCCUCAUAUAUGUGUUUUAAAUUUAUGAUUGUUACAAAUUAGUAUAUGGCGUUGUUAGCCUGUGGCAUUUGUUUAAAAAAAUUGUAAAGAAAAAAAGCAAAUAUGCAUUAAACUUUGAAAUGAAUGAAUUGUGGUGCCUUUGACCAUGGAUAUGAUGCUUUGGGGAAGUCAGUUUGUUGACGCUGUUGUAAGAUUUUGAAAGGAUUACCCCAUGAAAGAUACUGGGAAUAGUGUUUCUGAGGAGGUGUAUGAAA